UAUAUUUAUUCCACGAAACAAGACGUAGCAUAUUAGUCGCGAAACGUUUCUUAAUUUGAAACGUUUCUGGUGAAGAAACGUUUCGUAGCUCAUGUUUUGUUUGACAGCAACAAAACACCCGUGACGUCUGUGAAAGCAUGGCACAGCUCUCUGCUGUGUGGUAUAUUGACAAGUUUAUGCGCAUGAGCUUUGGAAGGGCCGGUGGCUUGCGAAAACUUUGGUGGGAUAGACUGUACGAAUGUCGCACCUAAACGAAGAUCGAAGGAUGACAAGCUAGAUGAAAAGUAACAGUGGAACGUCAGCCAGUGCUGCUGACAUCAGCUCCAUCAGCUCCUCGUACAGACAUCAGCUGGACCUAGACUUCCUCAAGUAUGUGGAUGACCUCCAGAACGGCUCCACCCUUAACAGAGUGAGUCUGAGCAAGAAACUCCCUGGGGUGCCCAACCCUGGGACAGAACCGCAGAGUAGGACCGCAUCCAGCCAAUCAUGGACCUCCUUUGAAUCCCUGUCCUCUGUGACUAGCUAUGACACGCACGUGGGUCAAUCUGCCAUGUCGACCGUGAGCCGAGGAAAACCACCUCUUCCUCCAUCCAGUGGUGCCCUUGCCCCCUCUGCCACCACCACCCCCACUAGUGAGGGGGGGUCCUCCACCGCUCUUAAACCCCAGGAGGGGAGGCUGGUCAUUCGCCCUCAGACUCCCCGGUUCAACCCUCUAGUGGAAAGGACCCUGAUGGAGACCCGUAGACGCUUGGAGCAGGAGAAAACCGGUUCCACCCCAGCCCAGCACCACCCUGAUCCCCAUCCCCGACGGAGGCUAGCUAGCUUCGGAGGAGUGGGCUCCAGUGGUUCUGUUUCCCCAUUCACUGGCUGGGGCUCUUACAACCAGGACAACAACGGAAACAUUAACAAGCCCCAUGCUGAAGGUGAGCUGCCUCUGUCCCUCCACACUGGAGCUUCCCUGGGCAGUGGGGGCAGCAGAGGGUCCCUGAGACCCAGCCCCCAGAGCUCUGGCAGGGCCACCCCUGUUACAGGCCUCAGCCCCCUGCAUUUGCAGCAUGUCAGGGACCAGAUGGUGGUGGCUCUGCAGAGGCUGAAGGAGCUGGAAGAGCAGGUGAGGAGCAUUCCUGUUCUACAGGUGAAGAUAUCUGUCCUCCAGGAGGAGAAAAGACAGUUAGUCUCUCAUAUAAAGAACCAGAACCAGAACCAGCAGGAGCAGUGUGAUGUGUUCCGGAAGAGAGCCCACAGCAUGGGUAGUGCCAAUCAGUUCCGGGUUGGCCCUGGGGUUAGAAAUGUCUCUGAGCAUCCAGGCGAACCAGAGGAUGGACUUGAGGACAGGGCAGAGGACCACAGUGUCUCUGGUCUGAAGGAGUUCCAGCAGCUGACCGCUGAGAUGGAGGCUUUGGGAAGGACCGUCAAGGGAGGUCGCCUGCAAGCACGUCACGGCCAGAAAACGUCAGGCAGCAACAGCCGAGCUCUCUGGUCAGUCGGCAUCGACGACGACUUCAAUGCCAGUUCUGACACCAGGUUCUCGAAACGGGACGUAGCCGUUGAGACCAAGCCGACAGAGACGCGGUGCGUGGCAACCGAGACCCACCCGGGUCCCACCGUGGUUGGUGAGGCGGAGCUGGAUGCCCGGCAGCGAAUCAUAGAAGCCCUGAAGGAUAGGGUGUGUCAGUUGGAAGCAGAGCUGAAGGAGUCCACCCUGCAGACGGAGAUGGGCAGGAUGAGGCUGGAGCUACAGGCUGCCGGGGCCAGGAACAAAGCUGAUAAAGGCUCCACAGCCAGGCCUUCCACCCUUAGCGCCUCGACGGCAACCGAAGGCCUGGAAGCCUGGCCCAAAGCCCAUACCAGGAGCCUGGGGGUGGGCAAUCACACGGAGGUCCGAGACGCCUCGGCUGGAAGAGGGCUGCAGCUGGAGGCCUGGGGCUGCAGCGUUGGAGUGUCCUGUAGUCCUGCUCUGAGAAGUGUGAGCUCCGGACCUGAGUUGCCUAUGACUUGGUGGACGGUGAGAGAGCGAGUGGAGACCCGGGACCAAUGUGUCGGGAGACGGGUGGUGAUGGUGAGUCAGGGCGUGGGGGCAAAGGUUGGCGUGCGCGAGGAAGGGGUCAACACUGACCCGAUGGCAGAUGGCCAGGUCGCAGAGCGGCGAAGGGAAAUGGUGUCGGUGGGGAGUGGCGAAUGUACAGUCGUCGACGUGACAACGAGGGCGGUUAAGGAGGUCGCCGUGGCCACAGACCCUCCAGCGAAAGUGGUGGAUUCCAGCGUCACAGCGGUGCCUCAGACUGUCUCCCAGCACACCAACACAUCGCCAACACUGAGCUCUGUCUCCCGGUUCACAAACACCUGUCGCUCCUUCAACACGCACUCUGGCACCAACACUGUUCUUAACACCCAGGAGAGGCACACCAACACUGUUCUUAACACCCAGGAGAGGCACACCAACACCGUGCACUGUGUCACUCGGAAUGUUGCCAUUGGGAAUGACACGGCUCGAGGGUUAACCCAGGCUGUCGCUAAAACCCGCUCUUUUGGUGUCGGCACGACAACACCGUGGGGGCAGAACGCAGGACAACAACCCCGAACCGCUACGCCAGAGGCCGUCACCAAGACAACCACCCGGGACACUGGGGUUGGGAUGACCAGCGUGAACGACAACUUCCUCGUUGGUCUAAAGACCCGGAACUUUGCCUGUGGUCCUUCCUGCCUCCCUGACCCCACAAAAACCAGGAGUAUUGGGAUCGGGGUGGGCGAGGGGCGUGUGCGGGACCUUACAGGGCCCCCACCACUGACAGAGUCCCAGGGUCAGUGCCAGGGAGAGCCUGGCCUGGACCACUACAUUGAGAAGAUGCAGCGCCUGCUGAGGGAACAGCAAGGCCUGCUGACUGAGAGCUACAGCGAGCUGGGGGAGGUGUUCAACCAGCCAGGUUCCCACACCACCACCGCCCUUGGCACCUCUGUUGUCGGCUCCACCAUGAUUGAGGGAGGCACAGAGGGCAUGCCCUCACAGUCCACAGAUGGUGUACAGUCUCGCUCCAUCCCAGGGCCGGCCCAGCUCACUAACACCUUGCCUGAGGGAAACACGGAAAGGUCAGGUGUCAGCCAGCGUGUCGCCAAGGACUCGGGGGUCAAGCAAAGAAUACUACAAAUAGAACACCAAACGUCAUCGGCAUUCCAUGCUCAGCCCAGUAACUCCUACAUGCUGAGGUCCAUCAUGAAGAAACAAGAUGGAGACGGAGGCUACGUUGGAACCAGGAAGAACCUAAACUUUAUGGGCUUGGUCACUGGGUGUGAGGCCUCCACCUCUGAGGAAGAGGAGAACGGGAAUGAGAUGUGGAUGGAGGUCUCCGGUCAGAGUGGAACAGACCAAGGCCAAUACAAAAUGUUGGCCAACAAAGAAUGGGAUGGCCAAGUGGGGCAGGAGACACAGGAGAGGUUUAAGUUGAGUGAAAAGAUGCAGUCGGCUUGUUAUGCACUGAAGGCCCACCUGAGUGAUAACAAGGCCUUAUCCAGCAGAGAACUGCGGAACUGCCUGGACGCGCUGCAGCAGGACUGGUUCCGUGUCUCCAGCCGGAAGUCUGCGUCCCCGGGCGCGGUGGCACACUACUUGACGGCGUUCCGGGCCACAUCUCCGGCCGUGCUGAGGCACAUCGCCAACAUGGCGGACGGCAACGGCAACACAGCACUCCACUAUAGCGUGUCCCACUCCAACUUCGCCGUGGUCAAACUGCUGCUGCGGGAAGAUGUGUGUGAUGUGAACCAGCAGAAUAAGGCAGGCUACACCCCCAUCAUGCUGGCUGCCUUGGCUGCGGUAGAGGCUUCAGAAGACAUGGAGGUGGUGGAGGAGCUCUUCACCAAGGGCGAUGUCAAUGCCAAGGCCAGCCAGGCUGGUCAGACAGCCCUGAUGCUGGCGGUGAGCCAUGGCAGGAUGGACAUGGUUCAGGCCCUGCUGGCCCAGGGGGCAGAGGUCAACCUCCAGGAUGACGAGGGCUCUACGGCCCUGAUGUGUGCCAGCGAACACGGCCAUGCUGAGGUAGUCAGGCUCCUGCUGGCCCAGCCAGGCUGUAGUGCUACCCUGAGUGACAGCGAUGAGAGCACAGCCCUGUCUAUUGCUCUGGAGGCUGGACAUAAGGACAUAGCAUUGCUGCUUUAUGCCCAUGUCAACUUUUCCAAGGGCCAGGCUGGGGGGACACCUCGUCUAGGUAGAAAAACACCCCCCAAUUCUGCUGGAAGAGGCGUCUCUGAAUGAAACAACCUGCUGCAUCACAGACAUAUGCUUGGUGUCUGAAAUAAUUUGUGAAGCGUGUUUGUAGCCCUUAUGGGGGACUUACGAAGGCUUCAUCAGGCCUGUGUCACUGUUGGUUGGAUAAAGCAGGAUCAUGAUGUUACAUUGGUGUCUUCCUGAAACCUAGUGGACCAGUUCAGAUUCUAUGCAAAUAAUGAUCGUACAGUAAGUAUAUCCCCUCCACCAGGCUACUAUUUAGGAUUAUAGCCGGUUCCUGUAUCCUAUAUCUGAAUGGCAUGUUGGUCUAUAGAUUCUAUACAUUUUAUAGGGUUGAUGAAUCAUGUAAUUGAAUAUAUUUAAGCCAAUUGGAUGUACAGUUAUGCAUUUAUGAUGUGUAUGUGUUAAAGGAGAGAAUAUUAUAUUGUUCCUAAUCUGUGCCUUAUUCUUAUGCUUUGAUAAUAUAAUAAACUGAAGUACCUCUAUCGUAAAUGCAUUUUUUAUUAAUUUGUUUUUCUUUAUUGUGUUUUGGGUGAUUUGAACUACUCUAUAUACUGUCCAAAUGAAUUGGCUCUGUAUUCCAGCGCUUACAUUCGAAACACAAUGGGGUUGAAGGGCAGUCUGUCCACCUUAAAUUGCACUUGCAUUUGGCGCGUUGCUGUCUGACAGCAUGAUGACCAAAGAUGUGUGGACGAGGCAGAUAAAUGGCAGUUGAUUUUUUGGGCCGUUUUGUGCAUUAAGAGAAGUAAGCGCCUGUGAGCUCGACGAUAACAAACGACCUGAAAGGCCAGUGUGGUGGAUCAGAACGGCAUAGAAAACAACAGUGCAAAAGAUCAGGAACACUCUCCAGGAGGCCGGCCCAGAGGUGUCAACGACGACUAUACACAGAAUCCACAACAGAGGGUACGCCACAUGAUGUUUAUAGGUGGCAAAGGAUAUAUAACAAUGUAUACAAAACGUCGUACAUAAUGUUCAAUUGUCCAAAAACAUGUGCGACGCUGAAAUGGGGCACUAUUUCAAACAUGCCGUAAUUUCUAACUGGUUCAUCUAAUGUGGAUGAACAUUCCCUCAGAGCAGAUAGCCUGUGGUGAUUCUGUCAGUGUGAAAGGGAUGUUCUUCAUAGGCAACAUUUCUUUUUUGAGUUUAUUACAAUAGAACAGUAAGGUCUGGGUGAAGAUAUUUGUUGCUUGUGUGACCUGCUAGGGCUUUCUGGUUGAAUGGCUUCAGAAGGAUUGCACUGUGUGAGAAAGAGGACGGUCUGUUUCAUCCUGGUGGUUCUGUGUUUUAUUGUCCUUGGGAAAAGAAAAAUAUUCAGUCCUUAGAGGACAACAACAGGGAAAUAUUUUUCUCUUGUUGAAACCAACACAAUCUGGGGAGAAUAAGGUGAACGUCACAUUCCGGAAAGCUUCGGCAAUACAAAGGCCUUUUCCAUUUGUCCUAGAGGCUGUUCUAUUCUGUUCACGGGCAAAGAUAUUGUUUGCUUUUAUGACUGUUUCAUCAUCAUUAUAUUUCAGAUUUUUCUUUCAAUUGUCUCACCUUCAUUCUCUCUGUACUAUUUUAUCUCAUCCAAGAAGCUAAUAUAGGGAGGACAGUUCUGACAAAAUAUAACUUCCGGAUUAAACGUACUUUCAAACCUCCCAUUGCCAUCGAAAGCCUAAUUUAUAGAAAUCAACUUUUCACACUACCAUAGACCAUAACGGUGGAUGUAGUCAGUAUUCACCCACAAUCUCAUUUCAUUUUUAUGUUGGGUUCCAAAGUGGGGUUUUAAUGGAUUUGUAUGUCUGCCCAAAAAAGCUUGUGAAAGUGCAGGAAAAAUGAUCUUUAACUAAAUGAAAAAUGAAUGAAUAUACUAUAUUCACAUAUUGUUUUUUUAUACUUGUGUAUUUGACACUAUCUUUGCAGCGUGAAACACUCUGAUCUCAGCAGAAACACUCAAGGCUUAGCUAAAAGAAGCGUCUGGUGACGUCCCUGAUUGAAACCUUGAUAAGGUAUCUCCUUGUCUUGCAGCUUUGUUAAGAAAGACAGCUGUAUCUCUGGUUUAAAUACAUCGUCUACAUCAAAAUCAAUGCUAUUCAAUGUCUGACUUCUUAUUGUAAACUAUCUAAUAAUUACUGCUGUUCUGUGCCUGAAAUCUGUGCCUUAUUUAUUUGUGCUAUAAAUCUGUGCUUCAAUAAUUAUUAUUUAAUAUGUCCUACCCUAGUCUUAAUGUUCAAUGAGGUAAGAAAACACACAGCGAGGGAUCUGUGAUGAACGUUUUGGCCUGAGCUAAACGACACAUUAACUCAGAUAUUUAAAGAUUUUGUGAGUGACACAGCAUCGGCCCGAGCAGCACUGCAGAUACUGAAAUAAACACAAUGCAACUUCAAUCACACACUGUCUUCACAUGUUGAGACCAAAACUGGCAACGUUGUGCAACACUGUUCUGCCUUCCAAAUAAUUUACCCAUCAUGUGGUUUACUUCCUGCAUCUAGAUGUCAAUUUCUCGGACUCUACCUUAAAUUAAUUUAACGGGUGUUGCCUGGAAGAUGAAGCUGUAUAGAAGACUGUGUUCCCUGCAUAGGGAGUCUGGCAUUAAGGAAACAGUUAACCAGAAAUGACAGGAUAAUGAUAGCCUUUGCAACAACUAGUAGCUGUCUCUAAGUCUUUGUUUUCCGAAACGUGUACUCUGACAACCGGUUGAGAUCCCCUGCAGGGGACUACUGAGUAGCUGUCAAAAUGGCUGUGUUCCUCUCUUAAGCGUUUUCUCAAGCCUAUGAUCUCAGGGCCCCCUUCCCUCCACCAGAACUGACAGCUUGACCCACCUCUAGGACUUAUACAUGGCCUAGCCUUCCCACUGUUCUCCGAAAUACUGUGAUGUCGUCCGGACCGGAAACUCUGAGCAUUUGGAAGUUAGUUCACAUGAUUAAACUUUGCCUUUGUUCAAACUAAGGGAAUUAAAAUGAGAUUAAACACA